AUGUCAGAGUUCGAUUGGGAGUCAAUUUUGCCGGCAACACCACUAGGUGAGAUCGAGAAGGAUAUUCAAACCCUACGACAGGGCUUCAGGUCCGGAAAGACGCUGGAUUUGAACUUCAGGCUUGACCAGAUUCGUAAGCUUUUCUAUGCUCUCUAUGAUAAUGUCGAUGCGAUCAAAGAAGCAAUUCAUAAGGAUCUCGGACGUCCGGUCUUCGAGACUGAACUUUGCGAGAUCUCCUUUCAGUGGGGUGAAUUCAAUAAUGUCGUUUCUAACUUGAAGAAAUGGGCAGCUGAUGAGACGGUGAAGGGAACCACCAUUCAAUACACUCUCACCCGGCCAAAGAUUAGAAAGCGUCCACUUGGUACCGUCCUUAUCAUAUCUCCUUGGAACUACCCAUUUGUUCUGACCAUCUCUCCCCUGCUUGCUGCUCUAGCGGCAGGAAAUACGGUGGCCCUAAAGUUCUCCGAAAUGUGCCCACAUACAUCGCUUUUGCUGGGAAAGUUGUGCACAGAGGCACUUGAUAAAGAAAUUUUCAAGGCAUUUCAGGGAGGCGUUCCGGUAGUGUCGGAGAUUCUCAAGUACAAGUUCGACAAAAUCAUGUACACUGGAAAUCAUCGAGUUGGCAAGAUCAUCUUGGACGCAGCUAACAAAUACCUCACCCCCGUUAUUUUGGAGCUUGGAGGCAAAUCACCAGUCUUCGUGACUAAGAAUUGCCAAAACGUAUCUCUUGCUGCCAAGCGUGCUCUGUGGGGUAAACUGGUCAACGCUGGACAAACAUGCGUUGCCCCCGAUUACAUCAUCGUCGAGCCUGAGGUCGAACAGGAGUUUAUCAAAGCUUGCCAGUACUGGGUUGAGAAGUUCUACCGAGGUGGAGUUGACUCUGAUCAUAAGGACUUCACUCAUAUUGCAACACCUGGACAUUGGAGACGAUUGACAUCCAUGCUUGCCCAGACAGAGGGAAAUAUCAUCACAGGCGGAAAUUCGGACGAGAAAUCACGGUUUCUUGCUCCCACAGUUGUUGCGAAAGUUCCUGAUGGUGAUUCUUUGAUGAAUGAUGAGAUCUUUGGCCCUAUCCUGCCCAUCCUGACAGCCAGAUCCGUUGACGAAGGUAUUCGCUAUGUUCAUGAGAAUCACGACACUCCCCUGGCCAUGUAUGUCUUUACUGAUAAUGCAUCAGAAGGAGAGUAUAUCCAAUCUCAAAUCAACUCAGGUGGCCUGAUAUUCAAUGAUAGUCUUGUUCACGUUGGCUGCGUGCAGGCGCCUUUUGGUGGUGUCGGCCAAUCCGGCUAUGGGUCUUAUCACGGCGAAGAUUCCUUCUUGGCUUUUUCACACAGGCAGACUUUCAUGAAGCAGCCCCAUUUCAUCGAACGACCAAUGGCGAUCAGAUAUGCCCCCUACACUAGUCGAAAACAAAAGGCUGUCCAGGGUAGUCUAGCUGCUCCAUCUUUUCCUCGAACAGGAAAGGUUGACCGCUCCCUGUUGGAGCGGAUAUUUGGUAAGCUAUGGUUCUGGGUGAUCGUUUUAGGGCUAGGAGCAGCCAGUUUGAAGUCAGGAAUUUUCUUAUGA